CCUAACCCACAGCUGUAACCAGAACCUUGGAAUGCAUACACGUUUUGUUCCACUAGCGUCUUCAACAACGAGCACCUACCAUUUCCGAAAAUAGGGGGAGUGAACAAACGCUUCGUAUUAACACAAACCAGUCCAACAACUUUACAAUUUAAGAUGAGUUAAAGAAGCGGUUUGUAGGACAUUUUAGCCACACACUCGAAAACACAGGGAAGACUAUAUUUACACCGCACAUAUGCUGGUUUUGUUGUCCACUGGGAUCCCCCUUGCUCUUUUUAAAUUAACUUCUACCGUGUUACUUGAUUGACGGCUCCAUAUUUUCUGUUGAAUUUUUUUUCUGUUGCUCGAGAAAGAACAAAAAAAAGCGGGGAUAAUUUUGAGAGGGAGACAGAGCGGUGGAAAAAUAACGACGGUGGUGGAAAGUGAAAGGCAAAGAAAGAGUACUUUGAACAACCGAAGGGAAAGAGCUGAAAACAACAGCUCCGACGCACUGGAGUCGAAGUUGUGCCAUUUACACAUUUAGUUAUUUUGCAUUUCCCCAUCAUCAAUUUUUUUGUUGCUUUCAAGGACACAACCCAGGAUCACCAUGACGACUGAGAUGCAGGAAAUCGCCAUUACAGAGGAGAAGCCUUUGCUUCCGGGUCAAGCAGACCCUGCAAAGGAUGCAGAGAUGGCUGCACGGAUACUGCUGGACCAGGGACAGGAGCACAGCAUUGAGACUCCUCAUGGUGUGCUGCAUGCUACCCUGCAUGGCACAGGAAACACACGCCGACCCGCCAUCCUCACCUUCCAUGAUGUGGGGCUGGACAGUAAGAGCUGCUUCGACACUCUCUUUAAGUUCGAGGAGAUGCAGGAGAUCGUGAAGAACUUCACAGUGGUGCACGUGGAUGCGCCGGGCCAGGAGGAGGGGGCAGCUGGCUAUCCCAAUGGGUACCAGUACCUUCCUAUGGAGCAGCUGGCUGAGAUGAUCCCUGCCGUGCUGCAGUUCUUCAAUUUCCGGACCGUAAUUGGUGUCGGAGUGGGAGCUGGAGCCUACGUGCUCUCCAAAUUCGCAUUGAGUAACCCUGAGUCAGUGGAAGGGUUAGUCUUGGUCAACAUUGAUGCAAAUGCCCGGGGCUGGAUGGACUGGGCAGGACACAAGCUCACAACGCUGACAUCAUCCGUCACAGAACAGAUCCUGAGUCACCUCUUCAGUCAGGAGGAGAUGUGUGCCAGCACAGAGCUUCUGCAGUCACAGAGAGAGCGCAUCUCUAAAGCACCAAACCUGGCAAACAUCGAGCUCUUCUGGAAGAGUUACAACAGUCGCAGAGACCUGACCAUUGAGCGCAACAGCACGUUCAAAUGUCCCGUCAUGCUUGUGGUUGGGGAUCAGGCUCCGUACGAAGAGGCUGCGGUGGAGUGCAACAGCAAGAUGGACCCAACAACGACUUCAUUCCUGAAGAUGGCGGACGCCGGUGGAAUGCCCCAGCUCACUCAGCCUGCCAAGCUGACUGAGGCUUUCAAAUACUUCAUCCAGGGCAUGGGCUACAUGGCAUCGUCCUGCAUGACACGUCUGUCACGCUCUCGCACCACCUCCCUCUCCUCCUCCUACUCCAUGGAGGGCUCCCGCUCCCGCUCCCGCACCCUCUCACAGGGCUCACAGGGCGGCCAGCUCCCCCCCAGCCCCUCCCACACCAUGGAAGUGUCCUGCUGAAGAGAGAGAGAGAGAGAGAGGGAGAGAGAGAGAGAGAGGUAGAGGGAGAGAGACAGGGAGGAAAGGAGAGAAAGAGAGAGGGAUAUGGUUGGUAGGAGGAGGGUAAGAGGGUAAAGGCAAUCGAGCGAGAAGGAAACGGGAUGAAAUCCCCACACUCAUGAAGAUAAUCAGUGCAUCCGUCCAGCGUUAUCCGCCUCUGUUUCAUGCGCACAGAGAGAGAGAGAGAGAGAUGGAGAUGGAGAAGGGGUUGAGAGAGAGAUUGAGUGAAGAGACUGAGAGAAAAUGGAAGAAGGUGAGCAAGAAGGAGAGUGAGAUGAAGAUGACUCUGGUGUAUGUCUGCAAUGGUCAAGGAAAGUUGGAAAGUGCCCAUUUGGGGUACCCAAAAAAGCAAUCAUUACAAAACAACCAUAACAUCACCCUGUUCCCUGCUCCACCACGUCCUCCUACCACAGCAAUGGACGCUGGGGCUGCAAUCCCAGUCGUUUCCCAACCACUUUUCCUUGAUCUCCAUUGAAAAUGUCAUGAGAUCAAGGAAAGAUGUGAAGUAGAAUUCAUCAGGACUUGGGAAGAGACCACUGUGGUGUUAAGACACUAGGCCACUAAUUAUGCGAAGGCGGAUGUUCUUGACACGGGUCACGUUCAUCGGUUGUUGAUUGGGUUUGUUGUGGCCGCAAGGAAUUGUGGGACGGUUCUAUCUCCUUUCCUUUCGUAAAGGAGGCUUCAGUGUACCCUAUGCUAAAGGAGAUAUGAAAGGAAGCACUGAAGCACCUUUUCUAAUCAUUUACACAAUUCAACCAGCUCUUUAUCAUGGCUUCCACUUAGAUACUUCCUAGUCAUUUCGUGCAGUUCGGAACCUUCCUAAGCAAAAAUGACUAUUCGAACGGGGCCAAAGACCCAAGAAGGGGUGAGGAGAGGAUUGAAUUGAUUAGAUGAAGGGAUUGAAUUGAUUAGAUAACGGGAUUGAAUUGAAUAGAUAAAGGGAUUGAAGGAGACAAAAAAGGGGGAAGCUUAGGAGGAGGUGAUGACAGAGGCGAGUCUCUCUCUCUCUUCCACUCCCUCCGUGUGUUUAGGUGACUGACAGUAGAGCCCUUUAAACGUGUGGAGAGUGACUGGGUACUGUGGAGUGACUCAUGUGUAGUGCUAAUCAAUAGUAAUAAUCACAAUAAUAAUAUUAAUGAUUAAAUAUGAGGAUAUUAAUGAUAUUACUAAUGUCAAUGACAAUAAUGUAACUGUAAAAGACAAAAAAAUAACCAUGUUUCUCCUAAUUAAGUGUUAACUUUUUAAAGCAUAUUAAAUUGCUAGAAAACAAAAAAAAACAAUAGAGUAUGGAAAUACUUAUAGUGUGUCUAUCUAAUCUUCCUUCAGUUUUCUUUUUGUGUGAUUUUUUUUUUUUAAAACCCUCUGUGUUCUUAUCCUGCUUACCUUAAGCCGGGGAGGAGAAGUAGCCAAUCGACGGUCAGCCUAGGUGUCAUGUGACCCAGGUUGCGUGCCAUGGCUUGCGACCCCCCCCCCCCCUUCGCGUUGUCAAUGGCAACAUUUGUCUUCCAUUUGCCCCAUUUGAAAUGACUGUAACUCUUUUUCCUGUUUGAGGGGAUGGCACUGGCGCAGUUCUGGGGAGGGGGAACUAAUUUACUAAUUGUUUUUGUUGCUGAAUUGCAUGCUCACUUCUUGCCCUUGUGAAUGAGGAUGAAACUCUCAUUUUAUUAUUAUAAUUUUUUUUUUUUUUUUUAAAUCUGAUCAACUAAGUAUUGUGUGUUCUGGUGAUGUAUGUGAUAGAGCCUGUGAUGGAUAGCAGCUGGACUCAGGAAGGGGGCUUGAUUUGAAGUCCAAAUAGGUUGUGCUCCACUUGUGUGGAUAAAUAAGACCAGUUGCACAGAGAUCAGUGCUUCCGCUGCUGCUGCUGCUGCUGCUGCAGUCCCUAACCUAACCGAUAGGGAUCACUGUGUGGAGAGGGGAAAAAAACAAACAAAACAAUCUUAUUGUGCAGUUUGCAGUAAAACCAACCCCCUACCUCUCCUGACAAACCGAGCUAGCCUGCUUAUGUUUGUUGAGUCCCGUCAUGUUUGGAGGAUUUGGUUUGUGCCACAACAAGCAAUCUGUAGCUGAGCAUAGUAGAGGUCCAUCAAUGGCUUUCAAGUGAUUUUAGGAGUUGGUGCAGUAUAGAAGUCACCGCAGAGAGGUCCGAGGCUCAUGGCUUCCCUAACUAAAGGUGUUGUCUUGUAUAUAGAAUGUGAAUAAGGUGUGUUGUGUGUGUGUGUGUGUGUGUGUGUGUGUGUGCGUGUGUGUGGAUAUGGGUGUGUGUGUGUGUGUGGUUUGUACAUUUAGGUGCACUUUACCCCUCUAAGCACAGUAUUGAAAGGGAUAUUAAAGACUUUCAAGUAUAUUAUACUCACAAACCAUCUUAGGAAAAAACAAAAUGGCUUCUUCUUUACAGUUGCCCAUUUGUGAACCAUAACCCCUUACACGUCCCUACACUGCCAAAAGGGUUUAGCCACUUAACACCAGAACUACAAGCUGUCAACUGUCAACAAGCUAUUGCAUACCAAGAUUCACAUUGGUAUGUGCAAUGGCCAUAAAUAAACACAGCAGGUUAGAUCAUAUUGUUAGAGGACUGACCUCUAAGCCAGGCGAGCACUGUGACCCUUGGAACCAGUGGAGUACCAGCAGUGUUAUAAUCAAAUAAAUGCUUGAUUGACACUUGGCCUGCGAUGCUAGACUUGUGGCUUGCUCACAAUCAUCUUCAGCUCAACACUGCCCAGAGUAAAUUCUUUAAAAUUAACUCAUCAUGCAAGGAUUUAAGUGGUAAUUAUCCUGCAUAGUCUGAGUGUGUGUGUGUGUGUGUGUGUGUGUGUGUGGUGUCACGUUGUGUAUGGUCUUAAUUAAGAGCAUCAUGUUUUCCAUUUGUUAUUGCUUUCAAAUAUCUCCUUUAUCAUCUUUUUUCUUUACUAAUGAAUAAAUGUAAUAUUCCCUUAUAGUCCUCUUCUGCUUCGGUUUUCCUUUCUUUGUUUCGUUCUUUCUUUCUGACAAUUCAGGUCAGUCUCUCUGUACAAUCUGUGCCCUAUUAUUCACCCCGUGGUCCAUUUGUUUGGUAAGAGUGAUGUCUCAGCUUUGAGCUGUCUUAUAAGGGGAAGUUGUCAUGGUAACAGAACAGCAAGAGACAAAGAGAUACGUAAAUGUACCCACCAAUCAGGACAGGUCAGGACAUUUACCCACCAAUUAGGCAUCUUGACCAAAAAGGGGUGGAGCUUGAAAUGGUUAACCAAAAAAGUGGGGGGGGAAUGGGAAGGAGUUUCUAGUGGCAAUGGGGUGACGCCGUGUGAAUGUAGUAGUCCCUUCCCAUUUUAGGUUGUUCAUUUUUGAUUUGAUUUGAAUUUUCUUUCGUGGUUAAACAUUUUCAACCAGACCCAUCUACCCUGUUUAGUUUUUUUUCUAAUUUCUUCAUGUGAAAUGGUUCCUGUCUCAAUGUGCACACAGGUUAGUCAUUAGUGUGAUAGUUUAUGUGUAACAAUUUUUUAGCGAUAGCAAUUAAAAAAGGGAAAUAAUAUCAUUAACAAAAAAAAAAGUUUAACAAAAAUACAAUCGAAAUUAUGUGUGGCUAAUUUCUCUGUGUACUACAAUGAACAACUGAAAAAAAAUUAACUAAUAAAAUGAAAAUGGAAAAAAUAAA